AUGUUCGAUACAGAUGAUGACCACCGGCGACUGAAACAGAUCGUUGCCAAGGUGCCCAAUGUCAUCGACAUGGGCAAAGAAGCGGUAACAUUGCAGACUCUCAUGCAGCUCCCGGGCCCAGUUGAACAACUUGCCAAGGGUGCAGCCGAUAUAGUAUCCACUCCCAUGGUCCCUGGAAAUGCCUUCUAG